AUUAUGUUAUCAUUUAUUAAAGUCAUUGGCUUGUAGCAUUCGAAACACUUUCUUUAACAAACAUUUGAUUCCAUAUUCCCCUAAAACUGUCACUGAUAGUGGAGAUAUGAGUUUACUUAUUUACAACAUAAAGGGUUGGGUACUUUCCCUUCUUGUUAGUUGACCUAAUCAAUGUGGAAAUUUUAGGAUUUACUGUCUUCCUUAGUUCACUACAAAGUGUGCUGUAAUCUUAUCGUAUUUGGUUAUAACCUGAGGGUUUCAGUCUGCAGUCUGAGCUCGGUCGAAUCGUUUGGUUGAAAAUGUUAAUUUUAAGAUGGUUCUUCGUGGCAAUGUGCGUAUUUCCUGGAUUUCUGGAAGCGGCGCGAAUCCUCGCAAUAUUCCCUAUUCUAAGCCCCUCCCACUAUAUAUAUGUCCUGCCUUACCUAAAAAGUUUGGCUUCAUUGGGCCAUGAGGUAACCUUUCUUAAUCCAUUUCCUUCAAAGGAGCCCGUAAAAAAUAUACGAGACAUUCCAAUCCCCGAAGUAAUGGAAGGAGUUGAAGAUAUUCUAAAAUUACUAACCACGCCAAUGAACACUUGGAAAGCGGCUGAAAUCGUCCACGAGUAUGGCUUAAAUCUUACGAAAAAGGUAUUUAAUAAUGAUGCAGUGCGUCGAGAGAUCUUAAAACCAGGAAAAGCCAAUUUUGACCUGAUAAUUGUGGAUGUAUGGAGAUCGGAAGCUCUUUACGGAUUGGCGGUCUAUUUUGAAGCUCCUAUAAUUGGAGUAGCCCCUUAUGGAACUGACUGGAAGAUUGAUGAAUUGGUUGGAAAUACUUCACCAGUAUCCUAUCUGCAAUCCUCAUUUCACAAAAUGAGUGUGCCAGACACCGAGACCUUUGGAGGGCGUCUGUCCAAUUUUGUGGAGCAAUCUAUUAACUGGCUUAAUUGGAAUUGGGGUUACGCAGCAAAACACGAAGCCCUCUAUCGGAAGUAUUUUCCGAAUAUCGCUGAUAAGCAUUCUUUAUCGAAGGUGUCUAGAGAUUUUUCGUUGAUAUUCGUUAAUCAGCACUUUACCUUGGCUCCGCCGAGACCUUAUGUACCAAAUAUAAUUGAAGUGGCCGGGCUGCAUGUCCAGCAGGAGCCCCAGGCCCUGCCCACGGACUUGGAGGAAUUUAUCCAAGGAGCUGGUGAAGAUGGCGUCAUUUACUUUUCUCUGGGCUCCAAUAUUAAAAGCAAAACACUAUCGCAGGAACGGCUAAAAGUAAUUCUUCAAGCUUUCUCAAGUUUGCCCCAACGGGUGCUAUGGAAGUUUGAUGAAGAGAACCUCCCGGAGAUGCCCUCCAAUGUCUUUAUUAGUAAAUGGUUCCCGCAACAAGAUAUCUUGGCCCAUCCGAAGGUGAGACUUUUCGUCACUCAUGGAGGCCUGCUCAGCACCAUAGAGAGCAUCCAUUAUGGCACACCUAUGUUGGGAUUACCCUUCUUCUUUGACCAAUUCCGCAAUAUAGAGUAUGUGAUACGCCAGGGCCUUGGUUUGGCUUUGAAUUUUAACGAAAUGACAGCCGAAGAACUUAACUCUACAAUUCAUCGAUUGCUUACGGAGAAGGCGUUUGAUGAUAAGGUCAGAACCACCUCGGCCCGUUAUAAGGACAAGCCUAUGACUCCGUUGGACACGGCUAUCUGGUGGACUCACUACGUCCUGCGGCACAAAGGAGCUCCUCACAUGCGAGUCUCGGGCAGAAAACUGGAUUUUUUCACCUACCACAGUCUGGAUGUAUUGGGCACUUUGAUUGGUGGAUUUUUGUUUGUUCUAGGAAUUGUUUUCAUUUGCAUAGUUCUGUGUGUGAAAAAGUGUGUAAAGCCUCGUAAAGUUUACAAUACUAAUAAUAAUAAGAGGCAAAAAUUAAAAAAGCGCUAGCUUUAAACUAAGAAUAGCUAAUAAAUUUAAAAGUAAAUGAAUGAUAUUGAUAUUUUCGUGGUAGCUCCUAAGCAAAGUUUAAAAUAAAUUUACCUAGAAAAUGGUUGUGUGGCU